AUGGACACCAGCAAGCUCCGGGCCUUCGUGAAAUUAUGUCAACAAGACCCUGCCCGACUAUACAACGAGGAGCUGCGCUUCCUGAGGGAGUGGGUGGAGAGCAUGGGUGGGAGGAUACCCCAUGCUCCAAGAAAAAUGAGAUCUGAUGAAAGAUUCAGAGGAGGGGAGGCAGAAAGAAGGAGACGGGAGGAAUCCAACAGGAGAGAAGACAUCGAAACUGAGGAAAGUGAACUAGAACUUGAUAAUGAAGGCGUGAUCAUAGAUGACAUGGACGGCCCUCAGGAAAUGGGAGAUGCAACUGCAGAGGUAACAGAUGAGAUGAUCGAUCAGGCCAACGAGCUGAAGGUGAAGGGCCUUGAUGCCCUACAUAAUCGGGAAUUCCAGAAAGCCCUUGAACUAUUCACAGAAGCCAUCAAAUUGAAUCCUUGGUUGGCCAUUUUAUAUACCCUAAGAGCCAGUAUCUUUAUUGAAUUACAGAAGCCAAAUGCUGCCAUCAGAGAUUGUACCAAGGCAAUUGAGCUCAACCCCCAUACAGCUGAACCUUACAAAUGGAGAGGGAAAGCACACAGACUUCUGGGCCACUGGGAGGAGGCGGGCCAGGAUCUAUCCUUGUCUUGUAAACUGGACUUUGAUGAAGAUGCUAAUGCUGUGCUGAAGGAUGUUCAACCAAGGAUCCAGAGGAUUCAAGAACAUCGGCGAAAAAAAGAGCAUCGCCAGAGGAAACGUGAGCAGAAACGUGAGGAGCGAAAGUACAGAGAAAGGCUGGAAAGAAUGAGGAAGGCUCGAGAGGAGUAUGAUAAAGCCAAACAAGAGGAAGAAGAUAGGAAAAAGGCAGCUCACUUUGCCCCUUUCCAAUUUUUUCUUGGAGAACUUCCUAGAAUGAGAAGGAGAAUGCGGACCAUACCUGGGACAUCCGUGCUCAAUGAAAUUCUUGGUGACCCAGAGAUUCUUGCAGCUAUGCAAGAUUCAGAAGUCAUGCACGCAUUUCAGGAUGUGGCCCGGCAUCCAGAAACCAUGGGAAGGUAUAAGAACAAUUCAAAGGUUAUGAAUUUCUUCAGCAAAUUGUCAAACAAAUUCGGAGGGUAUGAAGACCUGACAGGUGAAGAUGUGGAGCUUGAUGAUGACUUAGAAGAUGUUCCCAGUGAAGAUAGCUUUGAGGUUGUGGAUCCAUCUAAUGAGGAGGAUCUUUGGCUCCCAGGACAGCGUUUUGAUGAUUUUCUGGAUAACUAUGAACGGCGACGUUUGCGGAAAGGAAGGAGUGAGGACUUGGAGGCUGUAACUAGCGAAGAAGAUUUAAAUGAAAAAAGGCUGCCCUAUUUUAAGAAUUUGGCAGAGCUCAGUGAUGAAGAACAGUAA